AUGGCAAGCAACCUUCAUCUUCUUCUAAUCGUUUUAACCGCCUCAAUGGUCCUCCUCCCUUUAGCAACCGCCGACGAGCCACCCAAAAAAUCCGACCCAAAGGUGACCCAAAUCGUGGUAGAGGGUGUGGUUGAAUGCCAAAGCUGCAAGAACUAUGGAUCUUGGGGCUUGUCCGAUGCUAAACCAAUCAUGGGAGCUGAAGUAAGUGUAAUCUGCAAGGAUCACAGGAACAGAGUCAGUUUCUAUAAAGCAUUCGAGACCGACGAACAUGGCUACUUCUAUGGCCAACUAGAUGGCUUCAAAAUGAACCAUUAUUAUCUUGACCAUCCUCUCAUUUCUUGCAAAGUGAAGCUCGUUUCUUCCCCACUCAAUGCCUGCAACAUCCCGACGAACAUCAAUUAUGGGAUCAAUGGUUCCCCUUUAAGGUACGAGAACAAGAGGUUUUUUGGGGAUAACUAUGAAUCCAUUGUCUAUUCAGCCGGUCCUUUGGCAUACCGCCCAGGUCAUUGUGUCCCAGUCUCUAAACACUGAGUUGUCGCCUUUUCACUACUUUCAUCAUAUCAUUCUUACACUUUGUUUUGAAAUUUUCAUCAUGGUUCUAUGUAGCAUUAUUAUUAUUAUUAUAUGUAACAAGGAGUGUCUUCAAUUUCGGUUAUUUGAAAGGAUGUAACAAUUUUAUUAUUUCACAUUUACGCGAAACAAGUAAUGAGUUAAAAU